AUGUCUUACUCUCAGCGUAUCUACGCUGGCUCCAUCAGCCGUAGUUCGCCCAGCCCAAAUAAAUGGGUGGCUCCCCCUGCCGGCCUUGUGAAGAUUAAUACGGACGCCUCCUUAGCUGAUGAAGGAGUUGUGGGACUAGGAGCUGUUGCACGCGACACGGAGGGUAGGGUGCUCUUCUCGGUGGUAAGGCGAACUAGAGCUUGGUGGCCUUCGGAUAUUGCGGAAGCUAAGGCAAUUCAUAUGGCAAUCCUUUGGGCGAAGAAACAAGGGCUUCGAAGUGUCAUUAUUGAGUCGGAUGCCCAAGUAAUCGUAUCCCGUCUUGCUCGCGCGUCAAUCUUCUUCUCAGACCUGGAUUCUAUUCUUGGGGACAUUUUAUCUCUUUGUUCUUUUUUCCAUGAUAUUAGUUUCUCUCAUGUUCGGAGGGAUGAGAACUUUGUUGCCCACCACCUCGCGAAGGUAGUGCCUUUUGGCUAUGAACAGUGUUGGGUGAAUCAUUGUCCCAAUGUUGUGUCACCAUAUGUACUCAUGGAUGUUUUGUCCCUUGAUUAA